AAUGUUAAGAAAUUGUCUUGGCGUAAUACUAAGCGGUUGUCUGUUGCUCUCUAGCUUGGCUAGUGGACACCAAGAGCUAUCCACCCUCCUACGGCAGCAGCAGAAGGAUUUGCAACUCUCAAGUGUCGAAGUGGAGGCACUCAAUCCAUUGUAUCGUGAACUGCAGGCACAGUUUGACUACUUGUAUAGCCUUCAAUUGCAACGUGGGGAUGGCAGUGCCCAGCCAGAGGCGAUGACUGAACCGCAAUUGGAUGAUAACUAUGUGCAAGUCUUUGAUGAGUUUCGCAAAAAGUUCUCCAUAUAUUUGGAUGAUGUGCCAACGAUUGUCUACGAUACCCAAUUGCCCACAAUAGAGGAAAUAAUCACCAUGCCGAAUAAGCAUUUAAGUUCUCAGGAGAUAGCCGAGUUCGAGGACUUGCAGGCCAUCUUGCAGGAUGUGAUCGAUGAGGCACAGGUGGGAAUUGAUAAUUUGGUGGCUCGUGCCAUCGAUCUGGAAACAAAUCUGAUAACCCUUAACAAACCGAAAAUUGUGAUGGCAGCUAUCGGAGGACUUGGCUAUAUGUGGAACUAUUGGGGACGUGCGGCGCAAGCUGCCUACUGUAGCUAUGCCCAUGUGCCGCAGUUCCAAGAAGCCCUCCAAGCUGUCAGUGAUGGCGUUGAUUGCUACACCUACACAAUGUCCCUGGUUCUUCGCAUUCAGAACGAGACAGUGGCCUCUGUGAAGGAGAUAAAGAAGAGCGUUCAGGGACUUGUUACCAUAUAUAAGAAAAUUGCCUCCAAACAGACAACCAUGGGAAAAAUCCUUUCAGGCACAUUGAACGCUCUAAGUGCCAUUCGUCGAGUUCACGACAUUAUUGCCGUGGGCCUUGGCGAAUAUGACUUGGUUAACAAUCAACUGCCACAAGCCCUUAACAAUACGGCCAACUGUGCCGUAGGUUUUGUCAAUAGUAUACCGCAAAUGAUUGAGACGGCUCAGAAUCUAACUGUCUGUAUAACUUAUGUGAGUGCUCAGCCAGAGUACGAGUUUGUGCGCCCAGAAGAGGAUCGUUAUUGGAAUAUUGGCGCAGAUCCCCCAGAAAUUCCUCAUGAGGAUAUUGUGGAUGAUGACGAUGAUGAUGACUAUGUUGACAAUGACAAUCUUGAUGAUGUUGACGAUUAUGUGGAUCAUCGAUAAAUUGAAAAAAAAAGUUACAGUAAGCUUAAUUGUGGCCCUUUUCCACAACUAUUGAAAAUUGUGUAAAUAUCUUCAAAUCAAUUAUAUAAAAUUGUGUCA